AUGCUUCGUAUCGAUGGAGUUGAUAUUUGCCUGGCCAAGGUGGAAGGUCGAAAAAAUUGUUUCUCCUCUGUACCUUUUCGUCUGACGAAAUCAAGGUGGGUAGCCGAUUAUGAUGUUCAGUCAUGCCGAUUGUGCGACAGUAAAUUUAAUCAAUUGCGGCGGAAGCACCACUGUAGGCAAUGUGGAGAUGUAUUUUGCAACAAAUGUUGCAAGGAUAAAAUUAUCCUACCACAGUAUAACUUGAUGGAAUCCGAAAGAGUUUGUGAUUCGUGCAAACCUAUAGCAGUCUUAGUUGCUCAGUCAAUUUCAUCACAGCCUAGUGAGCAGCACAUAGCAGCACUAGAAAUAAAUGAUAUGUUGCAAACAAGUGAUGGAAUUAGGAAAGCGAUCCAAUUUGGUGGCAUGCAAGCGAUAGUUCAAUUAGCAAUGAUAGAUAAUAUAGAAAUUCGAAAAUGUUUAUUGAGUGCUAUUCAUACUUUGGCUACUUAUCCGCCUUUACAUGAAUAUAUGGCAAUAACGGGUGCAAUCAAGGCAGUCAUGAGAAAUGCAGUUUGUCUUUUAGCCAAUUUGGCAUGCAGUCAGCAAGAUCAGGCUUGCCUAAUUGAUUAUUUGGCUAUCCUAACCGAUUUAAUACUUGAUUAUGGUCAAUGUGAAGAUGUUGAGUAUCAAAUAGCGAGAUGCAUUGCCAAUACUACUCGAUACGAAAACGCUGCUAAAGCCUUGGUUAAAGAUCUUGAAAAAAUUAUAAAAUAUCAUUUAAAGUCGGAAAACGAGAAAAUUAGUUGUCAAGCGGAACGAGCACUUUGCAAUUUACUAUCUUACUGCCCAGAUGAAACUAUAGAUUAUUUGGCAAGGAAUGGUGCUGCAGAAUUUUUAAAAGUCAUAGCUAAAACACCUGAAAUUCUUAAAAGCAUUUCAAGUCAUUUAAAAAUGUAUGCCAGGGAACUUGAUACUUAA